GAAGGGAACGCGGAAACACAAGGAAAAGAGAGAGGUGCGUUCGCCGGCGAGUGAGAGGAACUCGAGUGCUUGUCAAGCCCAGAUUGUGGGUGUAUUUGUUUUAUUUUUAUUUUAAGUUGCUGGACAAGACACAUUUAUUACGGACAAAGGAAUUUUCUUCGUUUGGAAGAAUCAUUCAAGGAUUGAGAAUGUCGGGGAGCAGGGAGGAGGAGCGGCGAAAACUAGCCGACAUCAUUAACCACUGGAACGCCAACCGGCUCGACCUGUUCGAGAUCAGCCAGCCCACGGAGGACUUGGAGUUCCAUGGAGUCAUGCGUUUCUACUUCCAGGACCGAGUGGCGGGAAACUUCGCCACCAAAUGCAUCCGCGUGUCCAGCACAGCCACCACGCAGGACGUCAUCGAGACGCUGGCCGAGAAGUUCCGACCCGACAUGAGGAUGCUCUCCUCUCCCAAAUACUCCCUCUAUGAGGUCCACGUCAGCGGGGAAGAACGGAAGCUGGACCUGGACGAGAAGCCCCUGGUGGUGCAGCUGAACUGGAACAAAGACGACAGAGAGGGUCGCUUCGUCCUGAAGAACGAGAACGACAUCGUCCCAAAGAAGACACAGAGCAACGGGCCUGAGAAAGAGAAGGAGGGGGUGAUCCAGAACUUCAAAAGGACUCUGUCCAAAAAAGAGAAGAAGAAAGAGAAGAAGCGAGAGAAAGAGGCGUUUGGGCGCAUCCCAGAUGGAGAUGAUCAGGGCCUGAGCAGAGAAGACGGAGAGAACUCCAGACUGGCGGCUGAGGUGUAUAAGGACAUGCCGGAGACGAGCUUCACGCGGACCAUCUCUAACCCAGAGGUGGUGAUGAAGAGGAGACGACAGCAGAAACUGGAGAAGAGGAUGCAAGAGUUCCGCAGCGGGGACGGCAGGCCGGAUUCCGGGGGGACUUUGAGGAUUUAUGCUGACAGUCUGAAGCCUAACAUCCCCUAUAAGACCAUACUGCUGUCCACCACAGACACGGCGGACUUUGCCGUGGCUGAGGCUCUGGAGAAGUACGGGCUGGAGAAGGAGAACCCCAGAGAGUACUGCAUUGCCCGGGUGAUCCACGUAGAGGAUAAGCCAGUGAAGGAGACCAUCCUGGACGACACAGACUGCCCUCUACAGGUCUUCAGAGACUGGACAAGUGAUAAAGAGACCCUGGUGUUUCAGCUGAAGAAACGCCCGCCGGACUACAUGUCAAAGAAAGGCCGAAAGCCCGACGAUAGAAUGGGGAGGGACGGACCCCCCCAUGGACCUCAGGCGCCUGAGAAACUGCCCUACCUGGUGGAGCUCAGUCCAGACGGCUCGGACUCCAGGGACAAACCGAAGCUCUAUCGGCUGCAGCACAGCGUGACAGAGGUGGGCUCAGACAGGACGGACGACGGCUCCAUACAGCUGUUUGGUCCAGGUAUAUUCCCCCACCACUGUAACCUGAUGCAUGGAGAUGGGAUGGUGACCAUAACGCCCACCAGUCUGGACGCGGAGACGUACGUGGACGGCCAACGCAUCUCGGACGCCACGGUGCUGCGGAGCGGGAUGACCGUCCAGUUCGGCGCCGCUCACGUCUUCAAGUUCGUGGACCCCAGUUACGACCACAGCAUGUCCAAGAGAGAACCAGGGCCCAUGAUGAGGGGCCGACACAAAUCAGGGAGUGUCCCAGAGACGACGUUUGACUUGCACGGAGACAUUCACAGUGGGACGGCCCUCCCCACCAGCAAGAGUUCAGGGAAGUUGGAUAUGGAGCGGUCUGGGAAUGGCGGUGAGAGGGGAAUGGUGAAGCCCAUGAUCCGUGGAGAACACCAUGAAUUCAUCAGGCACGACAGCAGGUCUCAGGAUGGCCCGGAACUUACGCUGCCUGCCAGCAUCGAGUUCAGAGAGAACUCGGAGGAUGCCUUCCUAUCAGCAAUCAUCAACUACACCAACAGUUCCACGGUUCACUUCAAACUGUCGCCCACCUACGUGCUGUACAUGGCCUGUCGCUUCGCCAUGUCCGCGCAGUACCGGCCUGACAUCAGCCCCUCAGAGCGCACGCACAAACUCAUCGCCAUCGUCAACAAGAUGGUGAGCAUGAUGGAGGGAGUAAUCCAGGAUAUUGCUGAAGGUGAUCAGAAACAGAAGAACAUCGCCGGCGCCCUUGCCUUUUGGAUGGCCAACGCCUCGGAGCUGCUGAACUUUUUCAAACAAGACAAAGACCUGAGUCGCAUCACACUGGACGCACAGGACAUCCUCGCACACCUGGUCCAGAAGGCCUUCAAGUACCUGGUCCACUGUCUGCAGUCAGACCUGAACAACUACAUGCCCGCUUUUCUGGACGACCCAGAUGAACACAACCCCCAGAGACCCAAAAUAGAGGACGUGUUGCACACGCUGACGGGGGCCAUGUCUCUGCUGCGCCGUUGCCGUGUCAACGCCGCCCUCACCAUCCAGCUCUUCUCCCAGCUCUUCCACUUCAUCAACAUGUGGCUGUUUAACAAGCUGGUGACGGAGGCAGACUCAGGGCUCUGCUCACAUUACUGGGGUGCCAUCCUACGGCAGCAGCUCAGCCACAUCGAGGCCUGGGCGGAGAAACAGGGACUGGAACUGGCCGCGGACUGCCACCUCAGCCGCAUCGUACAGGCAACGACUCUCCUCACCAUGGACAAGUACUCCAUGCAGGAUGUCCAGAACAUUAACAACACCUGCUUCAAACUCAACUCCCUGCAGCUAAAUGCACUACUGACCAAUUACCACUGUGCUCCAGACGAGCCUUAUAUUCCCACCGAGCUGAUAGAUCAGGUGGUUGCCGUGGCGGAGAACACGGCAGACGAGUUGGCGCGGAGUGACGGGAGGGAGGUGCAGCUGGAGGAGGACCCAGACCUGCAGCUGCCUUUCCUGCUCCCCGAGGACGGCUACUCCUGCGACGUGGUGCGAAACAUUCCCAAUGGAUUUCAGGAGUUUCUGGAGCCACUCUGUCAGAGAGGAUUUUGUCGACUGACCCCUCACCCCCGCUCGCCCGGCACUUGGACGGUUUACUUUGAAGGAGCUGACUGCAACAGCCACUUCACUGUCGACCCCACCGACAUGCCAAUGCGGAAAGAGCCGGAAGUAGUGACGGUGACGCUGAAGAAGCACAAUGGCAUGGGCCUCAGCAUUGUGGCCGCCAAGGGUGCUGGUCAGGACAAGCUUGGGAUUUACAUCAAGUCUGUGGUGAAGGGAGGAGCAGCAGACAUGGACGGGCGUCUGGCUGCCGGAGACCAGCUUCUGAGCGUGGACGGGAGAAGCCUUGUUGGGCUGUCUCAGGAGAGGGCGGCGGAGCUGAUGACCCGCACAGGCUCCGUGGUAACGCUGGAGGUGGCCAAGCAGGGGGCGAUUUACCACGGCCUGGCCACUCUCCUUAACCAGCCCUCUCCCAUGAUGCCUAGGGUGUCGUUGGAUCGGGGGCGUGAUAAGGGCAAGGCCAGACCAAAGAGCGAGGGCUUCGAGCUCUAUAACAACUCCGUUCACAACGGCUCGCCGGAGAGCCCCCAGGGCGCGUGGGACUCGUACCCUGAACCAAAGAAAAUGGGCGGGGAGGACAGGCUGCUGAAGAACCGGGCGGAUCACCGCUCCAGUCCUAACGUGGCCAAUCAGGCCCAGAGUCCGGGAGGGAAGCCCGUCUACCCAGGAGCGCCGGGAAAAAUCACCUCCGUUUCCACAGGCAACCUCUGUGCCGAUGAGGAACCAUCGCCUCCUCGUCCGGAAGCGUAUCCGAUCCCGACUCAGACGUACCCCAGGGAAUACUUCACGUUCCCUGCAUCCAAAUCUCAGGACAGGAUGGGCCCCGCACCAGGCCAGCCCUGGCAGAACAGUGAGCCGGAACCACACGGCCCCAUGGAGGACCUCCACAACAGCAGCAUACCUGUGCAGAGGGUGGCGCGCUCUCAGGAGGAGCUGUGUGACGUGCCCAGCGGGUACCCGGUGGAGCGGCUGCGUCAGGAGGACCUCCUGCAGCUGCAGCAGCAGCGUGAGGCGGAGUACCAGCGCGAACGCGGCAGCGGAGAGCACUGGAACCACCACAUGUCUUCCUCUGUGGAGUCCAGCACCUCCAGCCAGGAGCACCUCAACUACUCCUCUUCCUCCGCCUCCAGGAUGCAGAGCAAUCACAAGAGCGGCCCGGGUCGCUGGAAGACCCCCAUCGCCCCGCACCCCGGCCCCGCGGCCGGCGUGCCGCAACCCGGCCGCACGGACCUGCCCCCGCCCCCUCCCCCGCCUCCCCCAGCGCACUACGACUAUGAACCCCAGGCCGACCUGCCUCUCCCCCCGCCCCCCGUCAUCACCCAGCAACAGGCAGCGGCAGCUGCAGACAGGAAAAAGCGUGAGGAGCAGCAGCGCUGGUAUGAGAAAGAGAAGGCCAGACUGGAGGAGGAGAGGGAGAGGAAGAGGAGGGAGCAGGAGAGGAAGCUGGGCCAGAUCCGGAACCCGCCCGGCCCCGUGGUGCCUCACCCGCACAACAACCAGCACGGCCCCCUGCCCCCGGCCCCUCAGCACCAGUCCGUGCCCCCGCCGUCAGCCCCGGCGGCCAUGCAGGUGCCCCAGCCUUACAUGCCCCCGGCCCAGCCUCCGCAGGCCCAGCUGAGCAGGCCGGAGAAACUGUCCAGCCUGCCGCGGGCGCCCCCUCCGCCCCAGGACACGGUGAUCCGCGAGCUCCAGCCGCAGCAGCAGCCGCGCACCAUCGAACGCCGGGACCUGCAGUACAUCACCAUCAGCAAAGAGGAGCUGUCCUCCAGCGACAGCCUGUCUCCCGACCCCUGGAAACGAGACGCCCGCGAGAAGCUGGAGAAGCAGCAGCAGCUUCACAUCGUGGACCUCCUGGACAAGGAGAUCCAGGAGCUGCAGGCCAAGCCGGAGCGCACGGCCGAGGAGAACGACCGGCUCCGCAAGCUGAUGCUGGAGUGGCAGUUCCAGAAGAGGCUGCAGGAGUCCAAGCAGAACGAGGAAGACGAGGAAGAGGAGGACGAUGAAGACGUGGACACCACGCUGAUCAUGCAGAGACUGGAGGCUGAGAAGAGAGCACGGUUGCAGGACGAGGAGCGACGACGAAAACAGCAGCUGGAGGAGAUCCGAAAGCGUGAGGCGGAGGAGAGAGCCAAACAGGAGGAGGAGAGACGCUGGAGAGAGGAGGAGAGAGCCCGACGCGAGGCAGAGGAGAAGAGGAGACAGGAGGAGGAGUACUACACCCGCCUGGAGGCGGAGCGGCGCCGGCAGCACGAGGAGGCCGAGCGUAAGCUGCUGACGCCGGACGAGCCUGGUCUGUACAGACCCCCCCUUCCCAGGGACUACCAGCCCCCUCCUCCCGCAUCCGCCCCCGCCACUAACAACAGCAACAGUGCCCCUCCGCCCCCUCCCCAGAGAAACACCUCCUACCUCAAAACCCAGCAGGUCGUCUCCCCCGACACCUUGUACACUGCCAAGUUUGUCUCGUACAAUGACGAUGACGAUGAUGAGGAGGAAGACGCGGGCCUAGCAGGUCAGGUUAAGCUCUCCGCCACCCGGAAGUCCUACGGCGACCUACCGCCGGCCCAAAAGCCCCAGCCGCCGCCCAUCGCGCGCAAGCCCCGCCCAGUCUCAGACGGCAUCUUUCUGUCCAACUCAUUCCAGCUGCCCGCAGCUGCCAAUGCCAACAGUACCAUGUCCAAGGCAGGACAGGCCCCUCCCCCCCCCACCAAACCCAGCUUCACUCCACCAGCAAACUCCAAAGGAUUUAACUCAUACACUGGAAACCCAGCCGGGGUUGUAGGAUCUGGAGAAGUCUAUAAGGACCCGCGAGAGAAGUGGACGAAAGGUGGUCAGGAAGAGGAGAACAUCAUAAGCGAAGCUCCGGAGAGCCUGACGUUUAAGGAGCGCCAGAGACUCUUCUCCCAAGGAAAGGAGGUGUCAAACAAAGUCAAGGCCUCGCGGAAGCUCAUGGAACUGGAGAACGAACUGAAUACGAAACAGUAGCCUUAGCCUGGAUGAAAAAGCCAAUCCCUGACCAAUCCCUGACCAAGCCCUGACCAAGCCCUGACCAAGCCCUGACCAAUCCCUGACCAAUCCCUGACCAAGCCCUGACCAAGCCCUGACCAAUCCCUGACCAAGCCCUGACCAAGCCCUGACCAAUCCCUGACCAAGCCCUGGAGCCAGCUCCAGACGCAGCUUCCUAACCAUUCUCAAAAAAAAAAAACAACAACAACAAAAAAAAAAACCCUCCUUUUGUUUGUUUUUGUUUUUAAGGAGAAACUGGACCGUUAAAGUACUAUUUAGACACUGCAAUACGAGAGACCGCUCAGCAUCAUUUCCCUCUAAAAAAAAGGAUCAAAGAUAUAUUAUGAUAAAGCACUGUACAAAUGUUUUAAUUAUAUUAAUGAGAAUUUUGAAGGGGGUCUAUUUUUGUUUGUGAAAUGAUUAUUUGGAAAAAGGAUGCAUUUGCUCACAUUUUGAUUUUAAAUGGCAUAACAUUAAUGUGGGAUGUUUUAUGGUGUUAUUUUAUGCUCUCUCUACAUUUACAUAUUCCUACGCUUCAUUUUCUCGUUUGAAAAUAAGUGCCCACAGACCAAUAUCUUAGUUAAUCUCACCUUUAGUGCAGAAAUUGCUGGAAUGACAUUGUCCUCAGCGUCCGUAGAAGCUGUAUGUGUAAGAAAUGUGGAUGUGACUGGUAACUCCUCUCCCCUGCUUCUCCUCUCAGAGAGAUGCAUGUGCUGGUUUCCACUGACAGUAAAACGCAUCACCUUAAUCGACUCACCAGAAAUACACUCCUGUGUUUGGGGGAGGGGGGGGAAUAGACAUUAGGUUCACAAAGCCCUUCUGUUUGGUUCAUAGAAGCUGGAAAUAUCUUUUUCAAAUAUUAGAAAUUGCAACAUAAUUUUCUUUUUAUUAGAUCAUUUCAAUUUUCAUCCCACUGGUCUGUUGACCAGUUUUAUAACGGCCAGAGUGUUCUUAUUGCCCUAUCCUCACCUCUCUCUCUCUCUCUCUUUCUCUUUUUUUAAAUGAGUCAGACACGUACAUAGUUGAGGGACAUUGAUUAGAUUAACGACUGUUAAGGACGGAAUUUAUUUCAGUUCAGAACACUUUAAAUUAGGAACCUCUCUUUGGCCCAACAAGUUUGUUUGUUUGUUGGUUGGUUGGUUGGUUGGUUGGUUGGUUUGUUUUCUCAAAACCUCACGGCUUAGUUACACUAAUUCUGUCCUGUUUAUGAAAAUAUGAACAUGGUGUCUGAAAUUCAUAACGAAAAGGAGAUACAUUUGAGAAUACCCCCC